AAUCACAAUUGCUUAUUUAUAAGUAAAACUAUCACACAUUUAGAAAAGGAUACUUUCAGGGAGUCUUGUGCUCGUCUCUUCAGCCAAAUAAAGAAAACUCUUACAAAACAUCUUGUUCCUGCCUUAUCAACAUCCCAAUUAGAGAAACUCCUUCAAAAGAAGGGUCAACUAAAGAAAAGAAAGAAAUGCAGACCUUGAACUCCGAGAAAGAAAUUUAUAUGCUCUACUAAUCUAGACUGAAGGAUCUACUAAUCUUUAUUACAGGGAGAAGCAGUAAGUAGCAUCAAUGUCAAUAUAAAGCACUCGUCUAUGCAUGUUGAAAUCAAUCUCUCUGAACUAAGAGGGUAUGAGAAACACGUUAUUGUGGAACUGAUCAAAGAGAAAAGUGACAAAUCAUCAAGUGAGGCUUUGCAGUGCAAUCCUGAUAAUUGUAGAGGUACUGCAAGAAUUCUUUUCAACGAAAGUAAUUCUACAACAUCAAAUGCCAGACAGAAUGAUUUUCCUUUCUUUAUUCAUACUUAUGCAGCCAUAAUUCUCUACGAGGUGGACAAACUUCCAACUGAAGCCCUACUCUAUAUCAAGUGGCUUUUAGAGCGGUAUAAAGGGUGUAAUAAGCUCUUCUUUUGCUGUAGCGAUGCCUCAAAGAUCCAUCCAUUAACUUCACUUUGCACUCUUGUUCAGCUCCUACCGCCUUCUACUGAAGAAAUUAUUAAAGUACUGGAAUUCAUAGCACAACAGGAGGGAAUUACGUUACCACACCAGUUGGCUGCCAAGAUUGCAAAAUCCUCCAAGAACAACCUAAGACAAGCCAUACGCUCAUUUGAAGCAACCUGGCAAUUCAAUUCUGUUCUGAAAGAAAAUCAAGAAAUCAUGAUAGGGUGGGAAGAUGACAUAGCAAAAAUUGCUAGAAAUAUAAUAGACGAGCAAAGCCCAAAACAGUAAGUUUUGUCAUACUGACUUGUAAGCUUUGUGAUUUUGAAAGUUGUAUACGACUUCCACAUAAUACAACCUACUAGUACAACAGGUUACCUAAAACUAGAAAACCUGACCAUGAGGAUCAUUACAUGUUCCAGGCUAUACAAUAUCCGUGGAAAGCUCCAGAACCUUAUAGAGCACAAUGUAUCUCCAGAGUUCAUAUUUGAAGUAAGAAGUUCAAUGCCCUUACCUGUGCCACUCCAUUACUAAAGGUGCAACUCUAACUAGUUAUCUUUUUUGCAGACUCUAGUGAAAGAACUCAAAAAGAACUUGGAUGAGCAAUUACAGAAACAGAUUGACAAUCUACACGAGAAAUACAAUGUAUAGACUCGAGGUUAUCGGUUACUUUUCCUAUCCUAAUAGUUCCAUUUGCAGUUCAAAAAAAAAAAAACAAUAGCCAGGUGUGGCUUUGAUAUUUUUGCAGAAAAAUGAUGAUUGCGAGAAGCAUUAUGCCCCUGCACCAAAUCGACAGGAGGAAAUGGGUAAAAGACUCAAUGAUCCAGUCAGAAAGACUGUGCAGCAAUUUAUGAGAAUAGAAGGUAAGAAAAUCUUGCAACAGAAACUAAGUAUCCAUAUUAUUGUAGCAUAAGGCCAGUUAUUUGAUUGCUCACAUGACGAAAGUUUAUCAAGGAAAUUGGUGCAUAAAUAAAAGUAAAAAGGUCUGAUGAUAAUUUCUGCUAUUCUUGUCCUUUAGAAGACCAACCUUGAACACUACUACUAAAAACUGCAAAAGGAAAGCUUAACUGUCCUAAAAACAGAUCGUUAAGUUUCAUAGUCAAUGUUUGGAGCGAAAUUCAACAGAACAGUGAUUUUUUUCUUAUGGUAAAUAUCAAAUCACAUGGUUGACUAAGGGCAAAUCCCCUCAAGUUAGCAAAAGAAAGUGCUUAUGCUUUCACUGGUCUUCUCCACCCCCCACUGCUUAGGGGUCAAAUGUUUAUCUCUCUAAUGUUCAUCGA